CUUCUCCUUUCUCUGUUUCACUAACUCCCACUUUACUCAAAAGAGACUCAAAACUUUAUAGUGUUUUCUUCAUAAGCCCAAUAAUGAACGAAGAGAUGAGCGGUGAGUCGCCGGAAAAUAACAAACACGUAAAGAAACCGACGAUGCCGGAAAAGAUCGAUUACGUGUUCAAGGUGGUGGUCAUUGGAGAUUCUGCAGUCGGGAAAACGCAGCUCCUCUCACGUUUUACGCAGAACGAGUUCUGUUAUGAUUCAAAAUCAACCAUUGGUGUUGAGUUUCAGACAAGGACCAUCACUCUUCAGGGCAAACUCGUUAAAGCUCAGAUCUGGGACACCGCCGGUCAAGAAAGAUACAGAGCGGUGACGAGCGCCUAUUACAGAGGUGCGUUAGGUGCGAUGGUGGUUUACGACAUUACCAAACGCGUCUCAUUCGACCACGUGGCACGUUGGGUAGAGGAAUUACGUGCUCACGCCGACGAUUCCGCUGUGAUCAUGCUCGUUGGAAACAAAGCCGAUCUCGCAGUUGAUAAACGCGCAGUUCCUACGGAGGACGCCGUCGAAUUCGCCGAGACUCAACGACUUUUUUUCUCGGAAGUCUCGGCUCUUAGCGGCGGAAACGUCGACGAAGCUUUUUUCCGUUUACUCGAGGAGGUUUUCAGUCGCGUUGUUGUUUCGAGAAAAGCUAUGGAAUCUGACGGCGGCGCCACCGUGAAGCUUGACGGUUCGAGGAUUGAUGUGAUCUCUGGUUCGGAUCUUGAGAUUAGUAAGAUCAAGGAACAAGCUUCGUGCUCGUGUUGAAUUUUGAAUGAUGGGCCAUAAAAUCAAAACACAUAAAGCCAAUUAUUGGGCCUUCUUUAAGCCCAUAUAUGACUCAGGAUCUAUGUUUGGCUUUUCAUAUUACAGGUGGUGCUUAUAGUUACUAUCAAAAGCCUAUUCAUGUGUCAUUCGUAAUCUCUUUGACAUUCAUGUAUAUGUAAAGGAAAAAAUUAUUCUUUUAUUC